GACAUCUGCGGACAGAAGAGCUGCGACACGCUGGGCGUGGCCGACGUGGGGACGAUGUGCGACCCCAAGAGGAGCUGCUUGGUCAUCGAGGACAACGGCCUGCAGGCGGCCUUCACCGCCGCGCACGAGCUCGGUCACGUGUUGAGCAUGCCCCACGACGACUCCAAGACCUGCGAGAGGCUGUUUGGAGACCUGGGCGGACAUUUUCUCAUGGCUCCUCUGUUCGUCAGCCUCAACAAGUCGGCGCCGUGGUCUCCCUGCAGCGCCCUCUACGUCACGGAGUUCUUCGACAACGGACACGGAGACUGCCUGCUGGACGUCCCGGAGGCCGCCAUGCCACUACCCGGGGAGCCGCCGGGCGCCAGGUACGGCCUGGACCAGCAGUGCCAGCAGAUGUUCGGAGAGGACUUCGUCCAGUGCCCCAACUCCUCGGACAGCGACGCCUGCAGCCAGCUGUGGUGCCAGGAGGACGGCACGCCGCAGUGCUCCACCAGGAACGGCAGCCUGCCGUGGGCCGACGGCACGCCCUGCGGCCUCAACGGCACCUGCCUCCGCGGGGCCUGCCUGGCGACCCGCGAGGCCAGCGAGCUGCCGGUGGCUGUGGAUGGCGGCUGGAGCUCGUGGGGUCCGUGGCAGCGCUGCUCCAGAACCUGCGGCGGCGGGGUGGAGUUCUCGGACAGGGAGUGCGCCGACCCGGUGCCUCUGAACGGCGGGAGGUACUGCGAGGGACAGAGGCUCCAGUACCAGUCCUGCAACACGCAUCCCUGUGGCGACAACGACGGGAAGAGCUUCAGAGAGGAGCAGUGUGAGAAGUACCACAGCCCCAGCUACCUGGACUUCAGCGGCAACGUCAAACAGUGGAUCCCAAAGUACGCCGGCGUCUCCCCCCGGGACCGGUGCAAGCUCUUCUGCAGGGCCAGAGGCAGCAGUGAAUUCAAGGUGUUCGAGUCCAAGGUGAUCGACGGGACGACCUGCGGCCCCGACACCACGUCGGUGUGCGUCCAGGGCCAGUGUGUGAAGGCCGGCUGCGACCAGGUGAUCGGCUCCAACAAGAGGGUGGACAAGUGCGGGGUGUGCGGAGGCAGCGGGCUCACCUGCAGGAAGAUCACGGGCUCCUACAACAAAGCCACUUUUGGGUACAGCGACAUCGUCACGAUCCCCGUUGGCGCCACAAACAUUGACAUCAAGCAGCGGAGCCACGGGGGAAUCAAACACGAUGGGAACUACCUGGCCAUAAAGAGGGAGAGCGGCGGCUACAUCCUCAACGGAAACUUCUCCGUGUCCACGGUGGAGCAGGACAUUCCCGUGCUGGGCGCCGUGCUGAAGUACAGCGGCUCCUCCACCACGCUGGAGAGGAUCCAGAGCUUCAGGGGGCUGAGGGAGGUCCUCACCAUCCAGCUCCUGGCCACCGCCGGGGACGCCAACCCGCCCAAGGUCAAAUACACCUUCUUCAUCCCCCGGGACGCGACCUUCAACAGGUCCAAGGAGAGGAAGAGCUCAUCGCCGUCCCCGCACGCCGUCCACCCGUUGGGCGUGGCCGGCUGGCAGCUGGGGGAGUGGUCCGAGUGCUCCAAGAGCUGCGGCUCCGGCUGGUCCAGGAGGAGCGUGGAGUGCCGGGACGGCGCGGGCUUCCCGUCUGACCACUGCGACCGAGACCUGAAGCCCGGGGACAUCCGGCCCUGCGGGGACCUGCCGUGCCCCAUGUGGCAGAUGGGGCCGUGGUCCGUCUGCUCGAGAACUUGUGGCCAGGGCGAGCGCCGUCGCAGCGUCUUCUGCAUAGACUACACGGGGAAGACCGUCGGACCGGAGAAGUGCGACUCCACCAAAGUCCCAGAGCCCGUCUCUGGAGAAUGUCUCAACCCGGAGUGCUCGUGAAGAACGCAAGAAUAGCCAGCUUUCCCACUGCGCACCAACUAUGGACGGAUUACUGAAUGGACACGCCGGACACAGGCUGUGUCAGGGAUGGAGACACAACAUGCAAAGAGACAACAUGACUGCAACGAGACACACAACAUGACUGCAAAGAGACAAUAUGACUGCAAAGACACACAACAUGACUGCAAAGACACACAACAUGACUGCAAAGACACACAACAUAACUGCAAAGAGACACAACAUAACUGCAAAGAGACACAACA